AUGGCUGGUUUGGGCUUAGGAUCAGCUUCUCAUUUUGUUCCUCAGCUACUGAGGCCUGAUCUCCACCUCCAAAUACCACCAGAUUCUGAAGAUGACAACACUGGAAAUCAAUUUUCUGGCGAAAACGAAGACAACAUGCAUCAAGGGUUUGACCUAAUCACCUCCAAUACAAGUUCAGGCGACAUGGCGGCGCGUAGGUCACGGGGCCGUCCACCGGGCUCCAAAAACAAGCCAAAACCGCCGGUUAUCAUAACCCAAGAGAGCGCGAAUACGCUUAGAGCUCACAUACUGGAAGUCAGCAAUGGCUGUGAUGUUUUUGAGGCCGUGGCCCUUUAUGCAAGGAAGAGACAGAGAGGGAUUUGCAUUUUGAGUGGAACAGGCACAGUCAACAACGUGAGUCUGCGGCAACCUGCUGCAGCGGGCUCAGUGGUGACCCUUCAUGGCCGUUUUGAGAUAUUAUCCUUGUCAGGGUCCUUUCUGCCGCCCCCGGCUCCGCCAGGGGCUACGAGUUUGACAAUUUAUUUAGCUAGUGGCCAAGGCCAGGUUGUGGGCGGAAAUGUUGUCGGUGCUUUGAUUGCUUCUGGACCGGUUAUCAUUAUCGCAGCCUCUUUCACUAACGUGGCCUAUGAGAGGCUUCCUUUGGAUGAAGACGAGGCGCUCCAGAUGCAGGCAUCGGUGUCGCAGCCACCCAGUGGGGGUGGUGUAGGCAGCGGCCAAUUUCCUGAUCCAUCUAUGGGGCUACCUUUUCUUAAUUUGCCACUGAAUAUGCCUAAUGGUCAGCUUCCAAUGGACGGUGCAUGGACCGGAAACUCAGCCGGCCGGCCACAAUAUUAG